ACGUACAACACGCAAGCAAUUACGCCCAUUGACCAAUAACAACACAAUUAAAUUCUGUUAUUUCUAUUCUGGGGGGUCGGUUUUUCCAAAGUUGAACUUUGAAAAGGAAAAAAAAAAAAAAAAAACCUUUGAAAACGUUUGCUUCCCCUCCUGCUUGCCAAUCUGCCAUCAUCUGCCUAUAAAUUCCCAACACCAUCUCAACCAUUGCCCCCACAAUUGAUAGCUUGCUUGCAAACCUCACUUAAAAUUCCACUAAUAUUAUUCUUGUGUGUGAGUAUUCUUUGGAACCAAGAAAAUGGGCUCCUCAUCAGCAACUUCGAAUCGGUUGUUACUCUCCAAGAUUGCAACCAGCGAGGGCCAUGGUGAGAACUCACCCUACUUCGAUGGGUGGAAGGCGUACGAUAGAAACCCAUUCCACCCAACGAAAAACCCCGAGGGGGUUAUUCAGAUGGGUCUUGCAGAAAACCAGCUUUCCUUCGACUUGAUCGAAGACUGGAUUAAGAAAAACCCCAAAGCCUCCAUCUGCACUCCCGAGGGAGUUGAGGAGUUCAAGAACGUGGCCAUCUUUCAAGACUAUCAUGGCUUUCCCGAGUUCAGAAAGGCUGUGGCUAUGUUCAUGUCGAAAGCGAGAGGUGGUAGAGUCACAUUUGAUCCGAACCGGGUUGUGAUGAGCGGUGGAGCCACCGGAGCGAACGAGCUGGUCAUGUUCUGUCUGGCCGACCCCGGCGACGCCUUCCUCGUCCCCUCUCCUUACUAUCCAGCAUUUUACCGAGACUUGGGAUGGAGAACUGGUGUCCAAAUCGUCCCGGUUGAUUGCGAUAGCUCCAACAAUUUCCAAAUAACCAAGGAAGCACUUGCAGCCGCCUAUGAAAAAGCCCAAAAGAACAACAUCAACGUGAAGGGCUUGAUCAUAACAAACCCAUCAAACCCAUUGGGCACCACCUUGGACAGAGACACACUCGAAAGCCUUGUGGAAUUCAUCAACCAAAAGAACAUCCACUUGGUGUGUGACGAAAUCUAUGCAGCUACAGUGUUCAGCUCCCCGACUUUCACAUGCAUCUCCGAGGUCAUACAAAACAUGAAUUGCAACCCCAAUUUAAUCCACAUUGUCUAUAGUUUGUCCAAGGACAUGGGGCUCCCGGGCUUGAGGGUCGGCAUAGUUUACUCAUACAAUGAUGAUGUGGUGAACAUCGGCCGCAAGAUGUCAAGUUUCGGGCUGGUUUCGUCCCAAACUCAACACAUGCUCGCGUCGAUGCUCUUGGAUGAAGAGUUUGUGGCAAGGUUCCUGGAGACAAGCUCCAAGAGGCUCGCGAAGCGGCAUGGGGUUUUCACAAAGGGGCUAGAGGAAGUGGGAAUCAACUGCUUGAAGAGCAAUGCCGGCCUUUUUUGCUGGAUGGACUUAAGGAGGCUGUUGAAAGAUCAAACAUUUGAUGGUGAGAUGGUGCUUUGGCGUGUGAUUGUGAAUGAAGUGGGGCUCAAUGUCUCCCCAGGGUCUUCUUUUAAGUGCGUGGAGCCUGGUUGGUUUAGGGUUUGUUUUGCAAACAUGGAUGACGAGACUGUGGAAGUUGCACUCAAAAGGAUCAGAACAUUUGUACGCCAAGGGAAGAAAGCUCAAGAUCAAGCAGUACAAGUUAAAAGCCCUAAGCGUUGGAAAAGCAAUCUGAGGCUUAGCUUUUCAUCAUCAUCAACCAGAAGAUUUGAUCAAGACAGUGUUAAUGUUUUGUCACCACACAUGAUGUCUCCUCACUCUCCUCUCGUUCGAGCCAAGACUUAAAAAGUAUAAGGGUGGUCAGUUUAAAUGAGAGAAUACGUAUUCUUAAAAGUUUAUUUAGAAAGGUCAAAACAUUUUAUUUUUUUAAAAGCAAUUACUUUGGAAAGUAUCAAAUUAUGAUAAUUAUAAUUGUUGUACUUUUAUAAUAAAUUAUAGUAUUAUAAUAAUUUUAUGGAAGUCUAUGUUUUAUUUAAUUGUUUUAUUUUAUAGUUUUGAUGAUUUUCUUAAAAUUUUCUUUGAAUAUUAAAAUUAGUUAAUGGCAGUAGGAUUUGGUGCAUGGCUAUCUACUUAGAAUAUUUCAUGCAUGGCUAUGUAAUUGAGUUAUUUAUAUGCUCCAUGUAGUUAGUAUGUGUCGAUCAAUUAUGCAAAUUACUUACAUGGUAGCCAAAUUGGUUUACUAGUUUUAUUUACUUGCAAACUAAUGAGAUAUCAAUGAAAUAAAUGUUGAGUCA